AUGGGAUGUUUCAAAAUACCUUUGGGUCUAUGUCAUGAUAUUGAAGCAAUGGUUAAAAAAUUCUUUUGGGGGCAGCGGGGUGAUAAAAGGAAAAUACAUUGGAUUAAAUGGUCGGAGUUGACGAAAUCGAAGCUAGAUGGAGGAAUGGGUUUUAGGGACCUUGCAUUGUUCAAUGACUCGCUUCUAGCCAAGCAAGCAUGGCGACUCCUACGUAAUAAAGAUACUCCUUUUUACAGGAUAUUCAAGGCAAGAUUUUUCCCUCAUUGUUCAUUCAUGGAAGCCAAGUUAUCGACAACUGAGUCAUAUGCUUGGAAAAGCAUUUUGAAGGGAAGGGAGGUUAUCAAAAUGGGUGCAAGAUUUCGGGUUGGCAAUGGAAAAAACAUUAAAAUAUGGCAGCACCAUUGGCUUCCCAUUAAACAUCCACCUUUAGUCACUUCUCCAAUCAUCGAGUCUAUGGAGGAUGCUACGGUUGAUUGUUUAAUAGAUGAGACAACAAGGAAUUGGGAUGCUGAAAUGUUGGAGGGAGACCUUAUACCAGCUGAAGCUGAACUUGCAAAGAAGAUCCCACUUGCCUAA